AUGCGGGCGCCGUCCCUGCGCUCAUAUGCUACCGACUACUUCAGUCGUCCAGGGGCCUCUCGGACUCCUACGGAUUUGACGCCACACCUCGCGCAAGCCCCAGACUUCAGAGUACCCACACAUGAAGCACCUCAGAAAGUUAUCACGCCUUCAUAUCAGCCUCCUACUCCUCAUGAGGUCCAUGCGCGUUGGGAGAGAGACGACCAUGUAUCAGAGUGCAGACAAUGUCAACGGCGAUUCAACUUUAUACUUCGCAGAGUACGUCACUGUCGGCGUUGCGGACGCAUCUUCUGCGACCGAUGCUCGUCUUAUAGGGUCUUGCUGGACCCGAUGGAUAUCGUCCAUGACCCUUCGUUCCCAGAAACGACUGCGUCUGCGUCCUCCCAGAGGGUCUGCCAGUCGUGUUAUGAAGAGGUCACUGUCAGUGUUCCCAGCCGAUUCAGAGAAAGCAGGAUGUCCUCCAUGGAACGUAUCUUCAUCGACCAAGGAAGACUUUCUGUGCCCACUACUCAUGCAGACUCUAGCUCGCAGCUGAAAUGUGGCGUAUUUAUUGACAAAUGGUGUUGGUACAGUUGCCCUGUAUGUGGCCAAAUAUUAGCAAACCUUGGGACGGUCGCACAGCAAGAAGACCAUGUCAAGGCUUGUCUAGAUGGAGGUACCGGGAAGUCACCUCAAACGUCGAAAUAUCUGGUCUAUAAACUUCCUGGCGAAAGCGCUUUGAUCGGCACCGAGUGUGUGAUUUGUUUAGAGGAAUUCUUGAAGGGCUCGACGGUCGCUCGCCUGAGCUGCCUGUGCAGCUUCCACAAUGCUUGUCUAUCCUCAUGGCUUCAACGCGGACGCAGCUGCCCAGUCCACGCCCGCGAUGCGUGA